AUGCACUUUCUACUGAGUCGUCUUCUUCAUCAACGCCAACUCAACGUCUCCGCGCAGCUCUUCAACGUCAGCCACUAUGAUAUUAUUACGGAUUUGGUGAGUUGCCUCCAACUAAAAAGGUUCUGAGAAUAUUCUAGAAACUGUAUUCUUAUAAUUUUGAAAUUUUACAGUCCAACACGUUUGCGUGCCUGAAAGAAAUCAUAAAUGCACCCACGUACCCGACCAACAAAGUAGAUCAAAGUGUCGUGGAAAUAGUAAUUGCGCGGUUGACAGCAGCUAUCCGAGAGACGGGCAGCAUUGAAUCGUACGCGGCGGAGCUGGUGGAUGUGCUCGAUGAAGUCAUCCGACAUCCGAUGACGACGUUCGACGACAGGAGCCGGGAUGUGGACAGUCCCCACUGUAAAAUUGCGUCGGACCUUCUCUCCAGUCUGUUUUUGGUACGAUUUUUUGUGAAUCGUUUGGAGUUAUAACGAUAAUCUCUUCUUUUUUUUUAGCACUAUGGCAAUAAGUCUGUGAUGACCCUCACUAUCCCGGUGGCUCUGAAAUGUCUGAAUUCUGAGAAUACGGAACUUGUAAAGAACACCACCAGCUACAUAUCACUGGCCGCCAUUCACAACGGAAAGACGCUUUCGUCCCACGCCAUGCAAAUCAUUUCUAACGUCAUCAGAGGGAAUUAUUCUUUGAUUCGCGUCCUCCCUCACGUUUACCCGGAUAACAAGGAGCCGUUCCAUGCGCAGUUGUCUCAAUUGAUGGAUGUAAGUCUCCACGCGUACAAACUCGACGUCAUCCCGAACUAUAUUCAGCUGCUCCAACACAAAUCAGUGGACACCAGCGAGAAGCUCUCUCUGCUCCAACUGGCCUCUAUGGUGGCGAACACGAAACCCGAAGUGUUAAUCCCGUACCUGCCCCGCUUCGACGUUUACCUAUUAUCCCCUCAAAUGUCGACUGCCCUCCUCAACAUUUACAUGUCGCUGAUCUCACAGAAUCGUACCAAAUCGCUCUCUCAAUUCCUGCCCACACUCAAGCUGGCCGCCCAAUCCAACGAGUACAUCAACAAUCGCACCACUAUCUGUAAAGUAAGUCCCCAUUCCUUCUUUCUUCGUAACUUACCACUUCUUGCAGAUAAUCGGCAACAUUGGCCGUGUCUCCUCCACGUUGGCUUCUGAAGCCGUCGACGAGCUCAUUCUGAUGGCUCGUCACAAUUUAGACGAUGCUCAGCUGCUCCAGACGAUUUUCAACGAGAUCGAAGCCAUCGGCUCGUUGUACUCGACUUCUGUUCGAAGACACGUGGCAUUUUUCCAAACUCUGCCGACAAACCGGACAAUUGAACGGAUUCUGGGGCAUGUGAACAGCGAGAAUGUGGUGCCACAGGAGAUUGACUAUCGGCUCAAGGAACAGUCGACUGAAUCGCUGCUGUCGAAGAACUCAAAGGUUUUUGGGAAUUUGAUAACGAGGUAAACCCUCACAACAGGGGCUUGACCUAACUUCACAAUUUCAGCGGCGGUAGAACUGUAUUCGAAGUGUGUGAAUCGCCGACAGUUGAGCUCUGUGAGUUGGACAGAAACACCCAUUCGCUGGCGAUGCAAUAUCAAAACAACAGAUCCAGUGGUUCGUUGAGCCGACGGAGUCAUGCCAGCAUUGCUCAUUCAUUAGGAACUCAUGGGUAAGUUCCUUUACACUUUAGUGAGCCAAGCCUCAUAGCAAGUUUUCGUUUUCAGGCCCUACUCGGACAUAAAUGAAUCCCGAGAGCUCUCCCUGCUCUCAGUGCCCUCCAGCUCCCGCACAAACGUCCUUCUGGCUCCGCCGUCCCGCGUCCAGACCCUUCCACAGUCGUUCGCCCCCGCAAUGACACAGAUUCAAAUGGGCAAAGACGGAAGAGUUCGGCCGGUUGGAGGAGGAAGAAGGCCCGUGCAAUGGCCCGCCGGUAGCACAGAAACAACUUUCCCGGCUCAUUUGGGUCCGAUCACCACGUCGAAGAUGUGCGCGUUGAAUGAGGAGGAUGAAAAGUGGAUUAAUGUGAGUGUUCGGAGCACUUCAGCUAGCUGAGGGAUUACUGUAUCGUUUCCAGAACGACCGCAAUGACGUGGUGUACAAAUUUGUGGAACAUCGCAAGAACAAGAUCAGACGGUACAUCGGAGAGGUGAACACCCGAUUCCCAGUCCCUGUUCAGUGUACUGUCGAAGGCUCCAAAGGCUCCAAGCACCGGAUGGUGAUACAUUUCUCGUGCCAAUCCCGCUCUUCGCCGUGCUGCGUCUUUACCAAGGAAUAUCUUUUCGCGUUCAAAACCAAAUAUCCGGCGUUCUGGCUUCAUUUUAUGUUCCUUCAAAUGGAAUGUUCCGCCAUCACACAGUUUGGAGAAGUCGUCGGGAAGGAUUCGCAACAGUAUCAGACUUUGGAGCACUGCUGGAAAUGUCUGCCGAGCUCAAUUACUAAGAAUGUUCCGUUCGAUACAAUGAUCACAGCAGCGUUCCCCAAUUCGAAAGAUCAGGAAAAACUGAUGAAGGAGCUGGAUGAAGCCGGAUUCUUUGCCUGUUUCACUAUGGACUCUUCGAAUAACUUCUGGAAUUGCAUCAGCUGUACAAAUCCGGAGAAAGUGCGGUAUUUUGUGGAAGAAGGAGGUGCAGAGAAGGUUCUCGAAGGACAAUUGAAGGAAAAGAAAGGGCGGUGGAGAUUCUUGAAACGAUGGAACACAAAGUACUUUACGUUGUCAUCGGCUGCUCUCAACUACAGUACCCAGCACAUGCCGGUGAGUUAGAGAUGACAUACUAUAAAUGUUGAGUUUUAAAUUUUCAGACGGAUUCUCGAGCUCUGCUUCCUUCAAUCGAUCUCCGCUCAAUCCGAUCCGUCCGGUCGUUGGGACGUGGCAAGAAAUCACGGAAGAGCUUGAGGAAAGCUUUCGAGAUCUUUACAUCGGACAACACUUCCCUGAUUCUGAAGGUAACUAAAAUAGUCUGAAACCCUAUGAAAAUCAAGGUUUUUCAGGCCAAAGAUGAGAAAAACGCCGAAGAAUGGCUACACUGUCUUCAAAUCGCAAUGGCUCACGCCAGAAGAGAACUCGUUUGA